GCGGGGACCCAGAAGAAGGAGGCACUCGGGACUGGGGAAGUGUUAGAUGGUGGUGGGGGUUAGCGUGGGAGGAAGGGAGACUAGCUGUCUGAGCGACACAGAAGACUAAAGAAAGAGAGGUGAGAAGGAAAGGGGAACUGGAAGGGAAGGCCAGUGGGAGGAAGCCGGGAGAAGGAGGCUGGAAUAAAGAAAAACAGUAGAGAAGGCAGGAGAGUCGAGAGAAGCAACCAGGAGAUGAGGGUCACCGAGUGACCCGGGAGGAUGGGGUUUCUGGAAUCCAGAGAGUUCUGAGUCUGUUUGUUAGUCGGGAUAUUCCGGCUCCCGCAGUCAGUUGGGCAGCGACGACAAAGUGAAAUGGACAGUGAGAGACAGAUAUUGCAGCCAUCUCACCAGCACCCAGACAUUUGGAAGCUGCUUCCAGCCCAACUACAGUUUCCUAGCUGGAGCUUCUGAGUGCUCAGGACCCGCGGGAGCCAAGCAAGAGAGCGCCGGUGAGUGCUCUUCUCAGAUGCCUUCGCCCGAGCAAGUAAGAACUUCCCGCUUCAGUCUCUGGAUCCCCUCCCUCUGAAACUCCCCAGGAAAGAAGGAAGACCCUAGGGGGAGGGGCGAGGGAGAUCCCCUUGCAGUUCUUUCCCCCCUCCCUUCCCCCACCCCAGCGGGAGUGCAGGCAGGCAUGGAUGUGUUCAGUCUUGGCCAGGGCAACAACACCACAGCGUCCCAGGAGCCCUUCGGGACGGGCGGCAACGUUACUAGCAUCUCCGACGUGACCUUCAGCUACCAAGUGAUCACCUCUCUGUUGCUGGGUACUCUCAUUUUCUGCGCGGUGCUCGGCAAUGCCUGCGUGGUUGCUGCCAUCGCCCUGGAGCGCUCCCUCCAGAAUGUGGCCAACUAUCUCAUCGGCUCCUUGGCGGUCACUGAUCUCAUGGUAUCGGUGCUGGUGCUGCCCAUGGCUGCUCUGUACCAGGUGCUCAACAAGUGGACCCUGGGCCAGGUCACCUGCGACCUGUUUAUCGCCCUGGAUGUGCUGUGCUGCACCUCGUCCAUCCUGCACCUGUGCGCCAUCGCGCUAGACAGGUACUGGGCGAUCACCGACCCUAUAGACUACGUGAACAAGAGGACGCCCCGGCGCGCCGCUGCGCUGAUCUCGCUCACUUGGCUCAUUGGCUUUCUCAUCUCCAUCCCGCCCAUGCUGGGCUGGCGCACCCCGGAAGACCGAUCGGACCCCGACGCGUGCACCAUCAGCAAGGACCACGGCUACACCAUCUACUCCACUUUCGGCGCUUUCUAUAUCCCGCUGUUGCUCAUGCUGGUUCUCUACGGGCGCAUCUUCAGAGCCGCGCGCUUCCGAAUCCGCAAGACUGUCAGGAAGGUGGAAAAGAAGGGAGCAGGCACCAGCUUAGGAACAUCGUCGGCCCCGCCCCCCAAGAAGAGCCUGAACGGACAGCCAGGUAGUGGGGACUGGAGGCGCUGUGCUGAGAACAGGGCGGUGGGGACUCCGUGCACUAAUGGGGCAGUGAGGCAGGGUGACGAAGAGGCCACCCUGGAGGUGAUCGAGGUGCACCGAGUGGGCAACUCCAAAGAGCACCUUCCUCUGCCCAGCGAGUCAGGAUCUAACUCCUAUGCCCCCGCCUGCUUGGAGAGAAAAAAUGAGCGCAAUGCUGAAGCAAAGCGCAAGAUGGCCUUGGCCCGUGAAAGGAAGACGGUGAAGACUCUGGGCAUCAUCAUGGGCACCUUCAUCCUCUGCUGGCUGCCGUUUUUCAUUGUGGCUCUGGUCCUGCCUUUCUGUGAAAACAGCUGCCACAUGCCUGCGUUGUUGGGUGCCAUAAUUAACUGGCUAGGCUACUCCAACUCCCUGCUCAAUCCGGUUAUUUAUGCUUAUUUCAACAAAGACUUUCAAAACGCUUUUAAGAAGAUAAUCAAGUGCAAGUUCUGCCGCCGAUGAUGAUGAUGGUGGUAAUAGUGGUGACUAUGGAG